UAUUGUAAUGGUGAUAAGUCACCAAAUGUAUUCUUUUAAUAAAACAAAUUACACUUGCAGUACCUAUUUUACAAUUGACCAUUUCUUUUUUCCUAAAAUUACUUUACAUUCUGAAACGAGAUGUUAAUAAAACGGUGUCGACGGCAGUCUUGAUAAGUUCUGCCGGGACUACUUUUUUUAGAACUGAACUAUUUGACCUGAUUUGAACUAUUGAUCUGACCUGUAUCGAGAUCAAUCUAUCGAUACAAAUGUCAACAAUGCGGGGGUGGCAGUUUAAAUUAUUAAAAAAACUUAUAGUGAAUAUCAAAAUCACAGUAAAAUUAAUAAAAAAAAUUGAUUGAUUAAAUGCACAUAUUAUAUACACUCUACAUUGAACGUUCCAUUUUAAAUAAAAAAUGGCAAAAACAAAUCUACAGCAACACAACAACCCCCUUUCUAACAAGUCUAAAGUCUUAUUUUCGUCUGCUAAAACAAAACAAAACAAAACAAACAUACAAAAUGGCUACUGAGAAAGAUGAUGCUUUUGAAGACCAAUCAAACAGACAUUUUUUACAUCAAUUUGGGGGAAAUUCAGCACAUGAAAGUCAAAGUCAAAGUGAUGAUGCAAUAUGGGAAUCAGAAGAAGACACAAAUGAACUCUUAAGUGAAAUGGAUAGCCCAUGCUGUAAUUAUUGGGACUUUUCAAAACCUAGAUCAGUUGAGCGGUAUAAAAAUCUCCCGGUAAACAUCCAAUCCAAUCAAAUUACACAAAAACAACAAGAUGAUAAUGUACACUUAGAAAAAGAAAAUGAAUAUAUCGCAGCAAAAAAUGUAAACAAAAAACAAGCAACCACUACAUCAACAGACCAUCAAAGAUUCAGAGAUGUGACAGACGCUGAAUUAGAAUCAUUCAUAAAAGAACAAGAAAGCAAAAAUACCAGCAGAAAAACCAAAUCUGAUCUCAACAUCUUUCAAUCUUAUUUGAAAACUAAACAUAAUGAUACCAGAAAAAUUGAUGAAAUCCCUCCACAUGAACUGGACCGCUUAUUAGGUUUCUUUUUUAUGAGUGCCACAAAAGAAAAACAAACCAAUGGCACAAUGGAGUACGAACCAACAUCGUUGAAAUCCAUCCAACAAAGUAUCAGUCGGUAUCUAAAAGACAGCAACUACCAAUGCAACAUUAUUACGGAUGAUGAAUUUUAUAAAAGCAGACAAACGUUGAGUGCAAAAUUUAAAAAUUUGAAGUCUCUUGGAUUGGGAAAUAAACCAAAUGCUGCUGACCCGUUAACAGACGAUGACAUUAAUAAGUUCUACUCUAAAAAUAUAAUGGGUGCAACAAGUCCGCGCUCUCUAAUGAAUACAAUAUAUAUAAAUAACAACUACCACUUCGGUCUACGGGGGGUUACAGAACAUUACAAUUUAUGUUGGGGUAACAUAACAUUGAAGGUGGACACAAAUGGAGAUGAAUAUCUCCAGUAUUGUCGCGAACGUCAAACAAAAACAAGACAGGGUGACAACCUUUCCAAUUUACGGAAGACAGGACCAAUUGCAAUGGAGAAUAAAAAUGACCACUCUAGAUGUCCAGUAUUCGCAUACAAACUUUACAGACAGAAAAGACCAGAAACAAUGAAAAAAGAUGAUUCCCCAUUUUAUAUACAAGCCACAACAUUCCAAAUCGAUAAUUAUGGCACAAAAUUACUGUGGUAUAAAGGUCAAAGGCUCGGUACAAAAUCAAUUUCAAAAAUAAUAAAAAAUAUGGCAAUCGAAGCACUGCCUAAUAAUGACAAGAGGCUCACAGGUCACAGCGCAAGGAAAGGGUCGAUACAAAAACAAAAAGAUGCAGGAGUGCAGGACACUGAAAUUGUUCAAAGGACUGGACAUAAAAAUGUGAACAGUCUCUUAUCAUAUUCAAAAACUAGCUUAGAGCAGCAGAAAAAAACUUCAUUGAUGUUAUCAACAAAUAAUCCAAAAAUAUCAAACAGUAAAACACAUACUAUUACUAAACCUGUAGAAACAAUAACACAGUCUCAGUCAGCAGAAAUUAUUAGUAACAGUAACAGUAAUCAGUCGAUCUAUCAUGGGAAUUUUAAUUUUCCUAACGUGCAUCCUGCAAUGAGUGGUCUUUUUACAAAUGCAACUUUUCAUGGUGGACAUUUUAACUUUACUUUUAACAAUGGAACAUCAUCCGAUCAGCAACCCUCUAAUAAGAACAACUUGAACAAAGUGAACAAACGAAAACGUACUUGUAUUAUUGACAGUGAUAGUGAUAGCGAUAACUAA